ACCAAACGGUCUCUGCCAACCAAAUUCAGCCACAGCAUUCGUAUAGCGCAGUGACAUGAUAUGAAUGCCUGAGAAGAUAGCUUCCAGGAAAUCUGUACACAAGGCCUCCUCUACAAUACAAGACCAAUACAAGAGCACACUAUACAGCAUAUUGGCCACUAGAAUGGACUCUUCAAAGAGAAUCAGUAGAUCUACUCACAACCUACUCUCCUGUCUGUCUUUAGUCUUGUGUGUAUCUCUCCUAACGUGCCCGAGCAGGGUAGCCGCUGAAGAGACCGACUACUAUAAACUACUGGGCAUAUCUAGAGAUGCAUCGAACAAAGAGAUUAAGAAGGCGUUCAGAAAGUUGGCUAUCAAGUAUCAUCCCGACAAGAACCCUGCCCCCUCCGCUAGAGAAGAGUUUGAGAAGAUAGCUAAUGCCUAUGAGGUCCUCUCAGAUACAAAGAAACGGCAACACUACGAUCAAUUUGGAGCAGAAAGCCCUGGGGGCAAUCCUAGCCAAGGUUUCGACGGUUUCAACUUCAACUACGAUUCAUUCUUCAAUACCGACCAUUUUAACAGUGAACACUCUGAGUUCAAUACACACUUCAACUUCAACUUUGACGAUGUUUUCAAUGAUUUCUUCGAUGAUGAGAGCGAUCCAUUUGAAGGUUUUGGAUUCCACAAUCACUUUGGUGGUGGAGGGGGCGGAGGUCAUGAGGUUGACGAUGGUUUCGGAUUCGGAGGAAUGUUCGAUGGUAUGGGAGACAUGUUUGGAGACAACUUUGCAGGACAGGAAGCUACAGGUGGUGGAGGCAGAUCGUGUAAGACUGUCACCAGAAGAGAAGGAAACACGAUCACCUCACACACUAUUUGCUCAUAGGAUACAAAUCAACUCUCAGUUAAUUAUACAAAUAAUUGAUUGAUCACUUUUAAUUUUUCUAAAUUUUCACAAUGAUUUGUCAGUUCGUGAAAAGCAAAUUAUAAAUAAAUUAUACUCACAAUGUAA